GUGAGCUCACAAUAGCUGCCCAUGAGAAAAGGUGCAAGAGCACUUGAUAGAGAGCCUGCCAGGCAGCCACAGCAGUCCUGGGAGACACAGCAAUGGGAGCAAGGCCAGAGGACAGAAUGGGCAAAGGUCUCAACUUUCAAAGAUAGAAGUGAAUUCCAGAGAAGAGAUGAGUAACCUCCAGGCUGGUCCUGAUCACGUCUACAGAGCAGAAGCGAUUCUCUCAGGAGUCACAGGCAUGGCCGUCUUGCUUGCCCCUACCGCUUCCAAGAGGAGGGAGCUGAUGGGUGCUUUUGGGCCACACCUCCAGGUCGCCUCUCCCUCAAGCCCACAGGGCAGGCAGGGCACACAGGCUGAUGCAGUGUCCUGUCAGCCACAGGCUCUGCCAGGGCAGAGAGCUUUGGAUCAGCAGUUUUCAAACCACAGUUAUUCCCGCACCACGCACGCCUUCCGGCAUAUCCUUGAACAGCGUACACUGUGGUUCACACGGGCUCAGAAGCCCCCAAGUCAUCAGAUCCAUCACUGUGCCUGGGUUUCAUCUUUCAAAGUCACCACCUAUUCAAAGUCACCACUCCUCACCAGCUGGGACGCUACACUCUCACCCUGUGCUCCCCAGAACCCUGACCUUGGGUUUGAGUUGGCGUCUCCCCAGCUAGACCAAGAGUUCUCUGAGGACAAAGGCCAAGUCUUACUGUUGACACCCUGCCUGGCUCAGUGUUUCAGACAAAGAAGCGGCUUGCUGCUCAUAUACCUGAUUGGGCCAUUUUCAUCUAGACCUCACCCCUCACAGGAAUGGAAAAGCAAAAGCUCAGGGAGGUCCUACAGGCCAAGCACGGAGCACAACCUGGGACAGCCCUGGAACCCUGCAGCAUGGCUGACGGCUGACGGGGAGAGACACCCUCGCUCACAUGGAUAAUCUUGUCCUCGGUUGACAUGACCAAAAACGUCCAUCAGCCUCUCUGCUUUCAGCAGUUCUCCAGGGCAACUCCUCAAAACAUUAUUUAAAAAAGGGGGAAAAGUUACCCCCAACCCCUACCAUGAAAUUCCACAAAGCUAAUCAUAUUCUUUCUGUUACCAGCACCAUCUGGGAAAACACAGCCGUCCAACAGCACCAUUCACUGAUGCAAAUGAAGGGGAGGGAGGCAGUGUUGGACCAUCUUCCUCUUUUGUUACCUCCCCCGUCCCCUCUACUAGGGGUGAACACACACACACACACACACACACACACGCACACACACACGCAUACAUACACUCAUUCUCUCUCUUACAGCGAAAGCACAGAAGUGGCUUAGCAAAGCUAGACUAUUUCUGACUAUUUCUCAGCUGUUCUUUCUCUGGAAAUUUAACAUGCAAAGCACUUGGCCUCGCAAAGCCCAUUCCAAAGGUGUCCAGGAGCCCACGAGCCCUGUGAUCAUCAUUACAAACCCAGGGAUGCUUGCAGCCAGUGACCCAUUUGGCUGCUCGAGGGAGCUGGCUGAAAGCUUGCCAACAUGGUCAAAUUCCUCUAGCCUGCUCCCUUGAAGAUGAAACCUUUUUUCUCAGAGCCCCAGGGGUUGGGGGGCACUGGAAUUGUGGAGACAAAAGGUCCGCUCUGGCCUGUCUUGGUAAAGGCACAGUCUUUUUUCCUAGCCACUUCUGUUUCUGUAGGUGAGGAAAACUGCUCAGAGAGCAAAAGUGACUCCUUGGAGUCACCUGGCUAGUGGCUGGCUGAGCCUGGAGCCCUCUAACACACAGCCUGGCAUUCCUGAGCUCACACUGCUCACACUGCUGCUCGGCCCAUCGAGAUGACCCCUUGAACCAAGGCCUUGUGCAAGAAGUGGGUGGCAGGAGCCGGCAGGAAGUCCCCCUGGGUGAGGUGAGGGCACUUGGAUAGGCUGGGCCUGGGAGAAGCCUGUGGCCAGUGCUACAGGUGCCGGUGCACAGCCUGAGACUCCAGGCCCCGCUGUGGGCCAGCCUGACUGCAGCAGCUCGAAAUCCUGCCUCAAUCAAAAGAUGCUGAGCCUGCUGAGUGCAGAGAGGGCUGGGGCCUUUUGAGGGCGCCAGUUAGAAGUACAGAAAACAAACGAGAAAAGACAGAGUGUUCAGAAACAUAGACAGGAGGCCCAGCCAACCUCAACAGAGAUCUCCCCACCUUCCGAGGGGAGGGAGCAACAAAUGGGUCUGAGGAGGCAGCGACCUGCAUCUGGGAGGCAACGCAGCCUGGGAGUGGAGCAACAGCACAUCAGGGGAGUCUGCAUUCUCAAGUGGGGGUGUCUGAAGAUAAUCUUGCAUGGGGGAAGAGUCUAUUUGAAUACUCAGGGUUAGCGGGGAUCUGCAGGAAAGGCCUUAAGUCUCAAGUCUGCCUCUGAUCUAUAGUUAUAGCUGUAGGACCAGGCUAGGGACCCAGUGAGUGGGGAACUAAAGAGCCUGCUGGCUCCCUCGCUUCACCUGGGGGGCA